CAAAAUGAUAAAAAAUAUAGGAUAUCAAUAUCAAAUGGACCAGUCGGGGUUUAAGUGGAGAUAACUCUAUUUGAUGAUGUGGACCAUGUGAAGCUGAAGUUUUUAAAAUUCUGGUAAGAUGGUGUGGUAGAGAAUUAUGGGUAAGAAAGAUGCAGCUGGCGUAAGGGCAGGUCCAGUAGACCAGUAUAGGAAACAGAUAGGAAAACAAGAUUAUAAGAAAAGUAAAAAAGAAAUAAAGAGUCAGAAACAAAGAGCAGAAAAGAAGAAAUCUGCCAUUGGUGUAAAGGAGAUUAUACUAGUACUUAUUGCAUUUCUAGCAGUGAUGGUAGCAGUUUAUGCAUUUCUUUUCUGGCAGCUGUCUGGUAAAGAUGUGAAGUAAACCAGUCAUCCAGUUGCAUCAUAACAUUGUCAUUUAAAUUACUGUGCUC